AUGGUGGAAAAAAGAAAACUAAAAGAAAGAGGCCAUUGGGCUAAAAAAAGUGAAUUUCUUCUGGCUGUAGCAGGAGAUAUAGUGGGCCUGGGCAAUGUUUGGAGAUUCCCUUAUCUUUGCUACAGGAACGGAGGGGGGGCGUUCUUGUUGCCCUACCUGGUGCUUGCUGUGACCUGUGGUUUACCCCUAUUCCUUCUGGAGACAGCUAUGGGACAGUACACACAAGAAGGGGGGAUCACGUGUUGGCAGCGUAUUUGUCCACUGGCUAAGGGUGUUGGAUAUGCCUGUCAGUUGAUUGAACUCUAUAGCUGCAUGUGCUACAUCAUAAUACUCGCCUGGGCACUGCUUUAUUUGGUCUUAUCCUUCAAGUUUCAGCUUCCCUGGGCCAGCUGUGACAAUAUCUGGAACACAGAUAACUGUAUAGCUAUUGGAGAUAAUCUUAACUGGACAAGGCAAAUGAACUCAACGACAUCAGCUACUGAAUUUUGGGAGAGAAGAGUGCUAUCAAUCUCUAAAGGCAUUGAAGAUGUGGGAAAAGUUAACUGGGAAAUUCUUUUGUGUCUAAUUGCAAUGUGGAUCAUCUGCUAUUUCUGUAUCUGGAAAGGAGUCAAGUCUACAGGGAAAGUUGUGUAUUUUACAGCUACAUUUCCCUAUGUGAUGCUGCUGGUGUUGCUAAUUCGUGGACUGACUUUGCCUGGAGCAAUGGAGGGUGUUAAAUUCUACCUCUAUCCAGACUUCCAACGACUCUUGGGGCCUCAGGUAUGGAUGGAGGCAGCCAGUCAAAUUAUCUACUCAUACAGUAUUGGUGUUGGUGUUAUGACUGUGCUAGGAAGCUACAACCAAUACAACAACAACUGCUACAGAGACUGCUUUUGGCUGUGUCUGCUGAACAGUGGUACCAGUUUUGUUGCAGGCUUUGCAGUGUUCUCGGUUCUAGGAUUCAUGGCUCAUGUACAAGGUGUUCCUAUAGAGGAUGUGGCAGAGUCAGGUCCUGGCCUGGCUUUCGUAGCAUAUCCCCAGGCAAUUGCUAUGAUGCCUCUUCCUCAGCUGUGGGCUGUGUGCUUCUUCUUUAUGAUUAUUCUUCUGGGUCUGGAUACACAGUUUCUUACAAUGGAGGUGAUCAUUACAUCAGUGACAGACAUGUUUCCCACAAUUCUGCGAAGAACCGGACGCAGAGAGAUUUUCCUACUACUCUUUUGUGUUUUCUGUUUUUUCAGCCAAUUCAUAAUGGUCACAGAGGGGGGGAUGUAUGUGUUUCAGCUGCUUGACUACUAUGCCUGUAAUGGAGCAUGCAUUGUCUUCAUCUGUGUGUUUCAGUGCUUGGCAGUGGGCUGGGUUUUUGGUGCUGACCGAAUGUCUGAGAUCAUUGAAGAUAUGACAGGGUCAUACCCCAACAUCAUCUUUAAGAUGUGCUGGAAAUAUGUCACCCCUUUACUCUUACUGGUAUGUUUUAUAUAUUCCCUUGUUGAUUAUCAGCCUUUGAAAUACAACCGCGGGUAUGUGUACCCAGACUGGGCGUACACUCUGGGCUGGUUGAUGGCUCUCUCUUCCAUGCUGCUGGUUCCUGGAUGGGCAUUGGUCCGCCUUUGCACAUUGAAAGGGACUCUCAGAGAGCGCUGGAUUCAUCUGUGUAGCCCUGAGAGCACCUUACCAAUACCUCAGGAGCAAAAAGUUGAAACGCAUUCAUUGACAUCAGCGGUUUGA